UUUGUGGGUUUUAGUGAGCGGAAAAAAGUGGCAUCUCUUCAUCUCUUUCCCAAGAGAGAAAAAAAAUUUCUCCUUUUCCCUCCUUUUUUUCCUUUCAGAAAGCUCCGCUUUUUUUUUUUGCGUUGAAGAGAAAAUUUUCUUUCGCUUUCUUUUCGUUUCUCGUUUCCCUUUUUUUCUUUUCUUCUUUUUCGUUGGAAAGAUUUCGCAUUUCGGGUUCUUUUUAUGCCUUAAUCUGUUUUCUUCGUGUUCUUCAGCACAAUAUUCAUCUUCUGGCAAGUGACCCACAAAAAGAAAAUCAUCAUCGUCGACCUGUUCUUAGAGGAAAUUUUCAGAGAGAAAUGGACGGUUGUGAUUCGCUCAAGCGCAGAGAUCCGGCCAUCAAGCUGUUCGGGAGAAAGAUUCCGUUGCCGGAAUCUCAGAUUCCGACCAAACCCAUAUCCUCUGAGAUUACAGAUGCAGUAAAAAAUCCGGAUUUUUACUUGGGAUUAUCGAAUUCGAAAGAGGAACAUAAAGUUUGUGGAGAAUCAAAUGGUGAAAUUGUGAAGUUUAAGUCCAAAGAGGAGCAGAGCGAGGCUGGUGGGACAGAGCAGGAAGAACAGGAGAAAGCUUUCAAGAAACCGGACAAGAUCAUUCCGUGUCCGCGGUGUAACAGUUUAGACACGAAGUUUUGUUACUUCAACAACUACAACGUAAACCAGCCGAGGCACUUUUGCAAGGACUGCCAGAGAUAUUGGACGGCCGGCGGGAUGAUGAGAAACGUUCCUGUCGGUGCUGGACGCCGCAAGAACAAGCAGUUCUCCUCUCAGUACCGUCAGAUUCUUGUAUCUCCGGGUGGAAAUCCGAUAACCAAGAUCGAGACGACCGAUUCAGUGAAUAACCAGAUUGCUUCUCCUGUCGGAAGCGGGAUAGUUCUUAAGUUUGACACUGAACCACCGGUUUGUGAAUCCAUGGAAACAAUGCUACAGCUCGGAGGUCAGAAGAAUGUAAAAACUGCGGGUAUUGGAGGGCAUGAACCCGAGCAGUCUGAUUCUCGGGCUUCUGCAUCGGCAACUCCGGGUAAUCGUAGUCACGAUUUAACAGUCAACGUUCUGACAAAAGAACAAGCUACUCCACAGGGCUCACUUCCUUUUUACCCUUUUCCUCCAUGGAGCUUUCCUAUGAAUGCUGGUUUGAGCGGUAUCGCUGCAGAAAAUGGCGGAAACACGAGUCGUAUUCAGCUUUUUCCUACUCCAAUGCUAGGGUUUCUCGGAGGCGGAUUCCCUCCGAACAUACCCUUUCAGUUCUUGCCAUCCUCGUACUUAACUUGCAGGCCGACGAUGCAAGAUCCGUCUCUCUCUGUUUCAAAUGGUAAUCUCUUAUCUCCGUCAACCAGUUGCGGUUUGGAAAACCGUGGAUCUCCGAUUCUCGGAAAGCAUCCGAGAGAGUCUACCGGUUUCGAGGAAAUGCACGUGGGAAAGUACAUUUUGGUCCCGAGGACGGUGAGGCUCGAUGAAACGGAGGCAGCUUCAAAGUGUAAUGUGUUGGGUGUUAUAUCCGAAAAAGUGAGCAUUUCACCCGAAGUUGCGGGGUUUAAAGGGCUGGAACCUAAUUUCGGGAGCAACCAUAUCUUGGAAUCUAAUCUUGCUUCCCUUUCUCAUCCCCAAACUUCCGAAGAACGUAUCUGAACAACGACGUAUCCGGAAAAAAAAAACCCGAGAUCCGAAGAAGCGUAUCUCUACGCAUCCGCUCUUGCUGAACCAGGAUUGGUUUCGAUGAAGAAGAUUCCGGUCUUCUGAGAAUGAACAAGAAGAAUUUCAUGUCUGAAUCAAACCCUCUUACUGAUAUGAGAUCAAAAGCUCGAUGAUAUCUGUUAACAAUCUACCAGUUCUCGUCCAAGCUUCUGUUCUUGUUCAAAUCUUGUAAAUGUUAUAUCCAGAAACCAUAUUUGAUGCGACAUGGUUCCCUUACCAUA